AUGGGUGUCUCGAGACUGGCAGCCAGACGCAUCAGCUGCAGCAAUCAGCAGAGGCUGUCCAGCCCGUCCCUUGCAUGCACCCGUUCCGGUCCGGUCCAGGCCUGCUCCGUAACGCUACAGGCCGUUGUGAGGCUGAUCUACGUGACAUGCCUGGGGUCGUUGUCUUUUCUGGUGCUAGAGCGGUUGGAGCUCCAAAUCCCUCCUCCCACACCCCCCGUCCAGACCCUCAGUGCAGGAUUUAUCCCUGGGCGCGUUCGCGUGUGGCUCUACAAGAGUUACGACUCGUUAGAAUUGAUCAAAGCAGGGGAAAAGGGGGUCUUUGGUGCCAUCUACUCUGUACUCUGUAUAGUUCGGCAUGUUCCACCUGGUACUGCCCAGGCCAGUGACCUCGACGUGACUUGUUUGCCAUCGAGUAACAAACAGCGCUGGGGGACUCUGAUGCAGCUGGUAAGGCCUGGGCGCAAGAUUCCGCAGCUUGAAAUCUGGGUCUGA